AUGCCCCUCAUGCUUGCUCCAUGCAUGCAGGGAGGGACCCGAUUUUGCUGGGCAACGAUGCUGAUGUGGGAUGCAGAAGUGCUGUUGCAAUGCAGCUUGUGCACGCACUGUAAGAUGAACCUACACCUUUACAUCACCAAUCCAGGUAGCACACCAUUCCCCCUUCCACACCCCUCCCCACAUAGGAGACUCGAGCAAGGAGAUGUCCUCAAUGUGUCCCUUCUGUACCUAGCAGGUUUUAUUUUGGCCCAACUACGCGCAGCCAGAAAAUGUGCACCCAAAAAACGACAGCAAGCGCUGUCACACUCCCCCUACUGUGGCCUCGCCACGGGCCAUGUGGCGUGCCUGAGCAAUCAGUCAACCAUGGCCACCACGCCUCCCCAACAACCGAAUGAUGGUGGAUGCGCACAGCACAAGCUGUAUGUACACCUCGAGAUGUCCCUCAGCGCCAAGUGUAUUGAUACAACAGCGAUUCCUGACAAGCGGGCUACACCUUAG